AUGGAAAAAUUGAAGAUUCAGCAGAAGACACGCACUGCGCGUAACAGGCUCGCCGAAGCCGUCUCGCGCGGAAAUGGCGCAGGAUCUCUUGCUGUUCCCCCCUCGACGCUCGCAAUCAACGACAAUGCUAGCACGACCGGUGUGAACGAGGGCUUCCCAGGGCAGCCUUCCGCACGCGACUUUGCAGCCUCAGAGAGCGUUCCAGUACCGCAGCCGAGAAUCGAGCCUCCAACAUCUCUACAGUCUUCUGUGGACGCUGGCAAACGCGUGCCCGUGCCUCCCAGAGAUGUUACACGAACGCCAACUCGAGGUAUCGGAAUUCGACGAAUGCCAUCCUCAAUCGCCUUGAAUCAAUAUGCACAAGCCCCAAAUCUUUCUUCACAGCGACUGAGUCAACCUUUGGAUACCCUGGAAGAAGGCCAAGAACUCGGAAGAACGGCAUCGAAAUCGACUGAUUCCACACUCACUCAGCCGGAGCCCAGUAGAUUGAGGAAGGUCAAGAGCGCUAUACAAACCAAGGUCCCGUUCUGGAGCAGUCCGAGCAGCAAAGAGAAGGAGAAGUCCCCCGUGCCCUUCGAUCCAUCGGCGCAUGGCCCUGCGGAUGUAGGGAUGGAUUACACAUCAGAUAUGGUAGACGUGUUGGACACGCUUGAUCCUGAGAUUGCAACGCUAACAUCUUUGACCAACCUGCAAAAUUCGUUGUUCGUACCCAAUCUGCCCUUCCUCAAUCGGCGACCGACAUACAACCUGCGACGAGCUCCGAGUGAGACUGAAAGUCUAGAACAGAUCAAUCGUAUACUGGCGCCAGCUCAAGCUGAAGCAGAAUUGCAACCACCUCCGAGACUGAUGCGAACCGAGACUGAGGGAACAACCGCUACGCUGGCAACUAUCGACUCACGGCUAAGCGACUCUCGAUAUGCUGUGCUUCCGCACGGUACUUCUCUCGAGGGUUGGAGCAAGCACGACAAGUCAGAGGUGAAUGAUCACGUCCGACACAUGCUCCACUCAAAGCGUUCAAAGUUCAAGCGCUCCAUGCGAGGUUUCGGGCAAUAUGUGAAGAGGCCGCUUGGCUUUCUGGUUACGCUAUAUGCCACUCUCAUCACCAUAUUUGGUCUCGCAUGGGUGCUCUUCCUAAUCGGCUGGAUCAAUGUUGGAGGCCAGCAGAUUUACGUCGUCCAUGUCAUUGAUAGUGUCUUGGUCGCUCUGUUUGCCGUUGUUGGCGACGGACUCGCUCCAUUUCGUGCCAUCGACACAUACCACAUGAUUUACAUCGCGCACUAUCACCACUAUACCUGGUCUCGCAGGAAGAAAGACAUGCUGCCCGCGUUGCAUGACCAGAACGACCUCCCUUCUACCAACGCACCCAUCGCCGCACCACGAACGACAGACCCCGAGGAUCCUGAGAAGCAGUGGGAGUUCACUGUUCUGACACCUAAGCAGCAAGAGAAGCUUGAGCACCAUCAAGAGAAAUUCUGCAAGUCGCAUUCGUUCUACAAGCCCCACGAGACUGAGACUCACUACGCCUUUCCGCUGCGCUUCCUCGUCGCUAUUGUCGUCCUACUUGACUGUCACUCUAUACUCCAGAUUUCUCUCGGAGCUACCACAUGGGGCAUCUACUACAAGGACAGGCAUUUCGCCAUCACGACUGUCAUCCUGAUCUGCUCCAUCACUUGCAACGCCACUGCUGGUCUCCUCAUCUUCCUCGGCGACAAGCGCACCAGAAAGACGGACGUGCUCGAGCGUAUGAACAGACAAGAGCUCACCGAUGAAGCGAUCAAGAAGGUGGAGAAGAAGAAAGAGCGCGAGAGCGAGAGCGAAGGCGACGAGCUCUCUAGGAAUGAGCGGAAGGGACGCUUGAGUCUGGAUAUGAUUAGGAAAAAGACUCAGGGUAGUAUCGGUAAUAGCAGUGGGAAGCGUGGUGAGCUGCAGCCUACAGCGCAGAACCCAUAUCCUUAA